CCGAAGCCGAUCAAAUCCUUUUGCGGCUGAGGGAGCGAGUCGUAGGUCUCCUCUUCCCCGAUCCACUGAGUUGGACGACAGCAUGCUUAUCCGAAGGAUCACCUGCGCCCGCGCGCUUCCUCUCUCCAUCCCUAUGGCCACUUCCCCCCUCUUCUCCCACCUCAAACCCCCCUCCCCUUCCUCCCCGCUUCCUCCCCGCGUCCUCUCCUCUUCCCGUUCUUUCCCUUUCUCGUCUCUCGCCUCCGCCUCUCCCAGCAAGCCCUCCUCUAAGAGGGCCAACCCGCCGAUCGCAGCUCUCGUCGAGGUUGGCGGCGUCAAGAUCGCCAAAGAUGAUGUGGUGCGGGAGAGCGAUCCCACGAACAACGUGCCCGACAAUAUAUUUUCCAAGAUUGGCUUGCAGCUGCACCGGAGGGAUAACCAUCCAAUUGGGAUUUUGAAGAAUGCCAUUUAUGAUUACUUCGAUACCAGUUACUCCUCCAAGUUCGUCAAGUUUGACGACCUUUGUCCCAUUGUUUCAGUCCAGCAGAAUUUUGAUGAGGUGUUGGUUCCUGCUGAUCAUGUAAGCAGGAGUUAUAAUGAUACAUACUAUGUUAAUGCAGACACUGUUUUAAGGUGUCAUACAAGUGCUCAUCAGGCAGAGCUAUUGAGGGAUGGACACAGCUAUUUUCUUGUAACAGGGGAUGUCUAUCGUCGAGAUUCCAUUGAUUCAACUCACUAUCCUGUGUUUCAUCAGAUGGAAGGGGUUCGUGUCUUCUCUCCAGAUGAAUGGGAAGGUAGUGGUGCUGAUGCACCAUCUUAUGCAGCCAUGGACCUAAAGAAGUGUCUUGAGGGGUUGGCAAGGCAUCUUUUUGGUAUUUUGGAAGUGAUAGCAUUUCUCUUUUUUAUUUCUAAAUGGAAGAUGGAAGAUGCUAGUUACCGCCAUACAAUGCUAAUACCAAUUUUGGAGCCUAUAAUCUGGUGUCCAAUGUCUAAUGUACAUAAAUGUGCAGGUGCUGUGGAAAUGCGGUGGGUUGGUACUUAUUUUCCCUUCACCAACCCAUCAUUUGAGUUAGAGAUUUAUUUUCAGGAAAGAUGGAUGGAAGUGUUGGGAUGUGGAGUGACUGAACAGGAGAUUCUUAGUAGAAACAGUAGAAAGGAUUGUGUUGCAUGGGCCUUCGGGCUUGGAUUAGAAAGACUUGCAAUGGUUCUCUUCGAUAUACCAGAUAUUCGGCUUUUCUGGUCCACUAAUCAGCGAUUUACUUCACAAUUCUCAGAGGGCAAGCUUGGUGUCAAGUUCAAACCUUUUUCAAAGUUUCCUCCCUGCUAUAAGGAUAUCAGUUUUUGGAUCACUGACUCCUUUACGGAGAACAAUUUAUGUGAAGUCGUUAGAGGAAUUGCUGGGGAUCUUGCAGAGGAGGUGAAGUUGAUCGACAAUUUCACUAAUAAAAAGGGCAUGACCAGCCAUUGUUAUAGAAUAGCAUUCAGAUCGAUGGAACGCUCACUUACAGAUGACGAGAUAAACCAGUUGCAGUGGAAUGUUAGAGAAGCAGUGCAGAACAAGUUACAUGUCACACUAAGAUAAGAGCCAAGUCUAAUAGCCCAAUGUUCUUAUUUUAUAUGAAGUUGCAUGAUCGAGUUGAAUUUUGAUAUUAUUAAGCUCAUUACAAAGUAUUUUUCAUUCAAUAAUGCUUGUAAGGACUGUGUUUAAAUGUAAUACCCCCUAUUAUUUUUUAGUGACAAUGAUGUUAAGACAAUUUGCAUGAUUAUGAUAAUGAUUUCUAUUUGAAGUA